UUUGGUCUGAAGAGGCCAGUUGCCCUUGAGAUGACGCACCUUCAGCCCCGCAAAGACCACCUCGUCGGGCGCCCGCUGGUCCCGUUCUUCACCGAGGAGGGCCAUGUGAACGCGUCGCUGCAGCUCUCGUCCGCGGCCACGCACGAGGCCAUGGACGUCGACGCCCGCGUCUGGAACGCCGAGCAAGGCUAUUUUGAAUACCCGGAGCCAGCAUGUACAGAGACGCCGAAGCGCACGCUGCUACUGACACCACAGCGCCUCGAGGAGGAGCGCAGCAAGUCGCGCGGCAAGACACACACGACACCGAGCACAGAAAAGCCGCGGUCACCACCGCGCGCAGGCUCCAACUCGAAGAAGCAACGUAGCAAGAAGCCGACGGCCGCCGUCGAGCCCCACACGCCCCAGAAACCGACACCGCCCAAGCAACGGUCCCCGACAGGCACGAACAGCACGAACAGCAGCAACACCAACAGCAACGCGAAUUCAAGUCAGAAAAAGAAGGCGACGCAGGCCCCGGCCAAGUGGGCGUGGUCAGCCUUCCAGUCCUCGCCGGACCCGAAGACGCUGCCGAUGCCGCCGUUCCUGUCGCCUCAGCCGGUCGUCACGGAGAAGCCGUCACCACCGCCGCCGCCGGCUCCGUCGAUCCAGAUUUUACAGCGACCAAAGACGGCAGUCACCAAGCCCGAAGACGCCAUGACGCAGCAGCUGCGCAAGAUGCUCAACAUGGAGCCGUAAGCGCGCCAACGAGCCUUUUUUUCCUCAGAGACCAUCGAGCGCUAUGGCGUUGAAAUAAUGAUCUGGGGUUUUUGGUUCAUUUCAUGUGUCCCAACUAGACAUCUCUAACUGGUGGUUGAUUCGACGCAUCAAGCUAUUAGGCC